GUUUUUUCAACCAAUCAUAGACAAAAUUGAAACAAUCGCGACAUACGUUGCCCCUACCCUUUCCCCUUCUUUCUCCCCGGCGCUUAACGCAAUAGGCAGUUGUUUGUCUUUACUUUGAAAGCGUAUUGGCUUGUGCAAUCUCCUUUCUCCUAAUUGGACGUACUACUAAAAAUUUGGUUUUACAACACAAUGGAACUUUACUCCAACGCGCUGUGUAAUGGUAACAGUUUCAGAAAACGUUAUAUUUACACCUAAUUGCAACAAUGUCAUAGAAAAAGGAAAGAAGCGAAAAAAACUGUAGCCUUGCAGGUGGUAGUUAGCAUAGGCCAGAUUCAGCGCGGCAAAUGUCUUCGGUCGUCAUAUUGGACUAGUGGAAGAUCUGAGACGAGUGAUGUAGGGAGGUGGAGGGGAGAGGAACGAAAUAAUUAGCUUUUAGUACUACGCUCUGGCCGUAAACCAGACAGUCAAACAGAAUUUCCACCGAAAAAUUAUUUUAAACUUCUUGACAGUCCCAGAUGUUACAAUUUAAAUUUAUUGCAUUCAUUUUGAAAUCACUGGUGGUCCCUGUAAUCUGAUUGGCUCUAAUUGGUGCGAUUUAUUCCCAAAUCGCACCAUUUUUUGCUCUAAUUCGCAUCUUUUUUCCAGCCAACGGGGUGAUGUUAAAGGAAAGGUCUUGACCAAUGUCAACUUUAAAAAUUUGACGGAACAACUGGGAUUUCGUGGUCGCCCAGAACACUACGAUGCGUACGUGGAAGACGUAACUAUAAGACAGCGAGAAGAUGGAACUGAAGUUGUUGAGUUCAGAAAAGGUCCCACUAAAACACGGAACGGUGGUCUCACCAUCAGGCGAAGAACAACACCACAAGCAAUGUUCAGCACCGAUGGCGGAAAAAGCGAUCCAGUGCGGCUAUUCAAGCUUUGGUUGUCCAAGCGACCCAAGGGAAUGAAGAACACAGGGCCAAUCUAUCUAAGCAUCAUAAAUCGUCCUAAAUCAGCAGAUGUUUGGUAUACGAAAGUUCGAAUGGGACAAAACACCAUCGCCAAUUUAAUGAAAUCUAUGGCCUCCUGUCUCAUGACGAAUAAGAAGCUGACGAACCACAGCAUGAGGAAAACAUUGGUAUCAAAACUGAAGAAAUCAGGUCAACCGCGCAAUAUCAUCUGUGAAAUAACAGGCCAUGCACGUGAAUCUUCGUUAGACGACUACGAUGAAAUAGACGAGAAUCACAGGAAAGAACUGUCUCACGUUAUCAGUGGAUAUAAAGACGUGUCAAACGAAAAUCAAGCAACCCGUGAAAACACUGCAAAGCAAGCCUCAAAUCAAGAGAUUGCAGUCCAACAUAAACGAACACCUCUGGUUCCUAUUUAUCACGUCCAACAACAAGGCCAAUUGUAUCAGGCCAUGGGUUCCAAUCCUAGUUUUCAGCCAGCUGAAUUUUCAGGAUUUGAACCACGUUUUCCAUUGCAGUCUCCGCAGUACCGCUUGGAAGCCUUCAGUUGUGCUGCUCCCGUUCCAUCGUAGAAUUACACACGCUGCACCUUCAAUUUCUUCUCCAGAGACAGCCAGGAUUCUCCACCCCAACCACAGAAGUAACGAAGGGCUUACAUCAUUGAGUCAGACGACGAGGAUUGAACUUUAACGCUUCACAAUUUUUUGCUGAGUUAUUGAGGACUUCUCGAAUUUCUUGAAUGAAACUUGUCUU